UGCCCGUGUGUCGCCACUGCAGUCUGUUCACGUAGCGUUUUCAAGGAGAGAAGUUGCACGGAACUUAUCGGGGACACGAAUGACGUCAAUCCCUCCGGCCAAUCAUCCUGAGCCAAUGGACACUUUCGCGGCGUUUUCAGUGGCCAACAGGAGCGACACCUAAGGAAUUUUUGGUCGUCCUCCAGCCCGCUGGGUAUAAAACUAAACGCUACGGUGCGAGAAUGGGUUUGAAGCAGGAUACGCCGAACAGCCCUUACUGGGAAAACACGAGACCUGCGAUCAACAACAACAACAACAACAUCAUCAUCAACAGCAGCGCGGAUUCCAGGAAAAUACUCAAACUGAUUUUCUUUACAAUUAAGACCAAUAAGUUCGGGAUAUUCUUUUCCUUGCGUGUUCCGAAGUUGCAGUUGUGACGUGCUGUUAUCGCUCAUGUGUCGGAAGCUACAUUAGCAAAUAAAAUUUAGUUAAACAGUUUACAGUGUUUUCAGAACAGUGCUGCGGUAAAAGCAGACCAGGCGAUAAACAGCUAAAGGACUGUUACAUUUUAAUGCAGUGCACAUAAAACUGUUGUUCUUUUCAGAUCUAUGUUUCAGUGUGUUAUGCAAUAGUUUCAGAAACUCGGACACUAGAGCAAUGUGACAGCUAGGACACAAAACUACGUACGAGUAAUAUUUUUUUACAUUCAGAAAGAAUCAUACCCUAACUGACAUACUGCCUUAUCGCCUGUACAUUACUCUGCUAGUAUAGUAAAACUGCAACUCCUAAUAGAGAUAUCUGCACGCUGUACGAGCUGAACUUCUGACAGGACACAUACACCAUGCCUUGGGACGUGGGGGUGUUGGACAGUCGGGCGGAUUAUAAAUCUGAGAAGCAAUGCCAAAAAACUUCGUUUGCUUUUUACCAAGCCGUCCGGGACUUGUUACCGGUUUGGGUGCUCGAAGAUAUGCGGACGAUGGAGGUGUUUCACUGGGAGGAAGACGGGCGAGCGUGCGCGUAUUCCCCCUCCGAGGCUCUACUGUACGCGCUGGUGCAUGACCACCAGCCCUACGCCAAAUACCUGCUGAACAGGUACUCGGUCAGUGCCCUGGAGAUGCCCAGCAAGAGCUUCUGCUGCUGCCAACUGUCCACAACGCCGCACCUGGCCAUGGCCGUACGCUACAACCGCGUCAGCAUUCUCAAAAUGAUCCUCAACUCCGCGAAACACUUCCCCGAGGAGGAACGACUCGGCUACUUGAACCGGCACGGCUGCGUUCAUGUGGAAGGUGGCAAGACCGCCCUGCACCUCGCGUGCGACCUGGUCCGACCCGAGUGUUUGCUUCUGUUGCUUGGUCACGACGCGUGGCCCUACGUAAAGGACCGAACGGGUAACACCCCUUUGGACUCGCUCCUGUCUCAGAUUGGUCAGAGCGAUCUGGACAUGCGCCUGAAGCACAUCUGUCUCGGUUACCUCAUACUGUUUAUGCCCACUUUCCGUUUCCAAAUGAAGGGAGAGCUUCGGGACAAUGCGGCGCAGUGGCGGGGUCUGAUCGGGGAGCAGGCGUUUCGGUGGCUGUGCGGACUGUCGGCGCCCUCACUGUUCGUGCAGGCGAUGCAAAAGCUAAUUCAGACCGUGUCUGCGGAACAGCUGGAAUCUCUCCCGCUGCCGGACUUCCUCAAACCCUUGGACUUCAGGUUACAAUGAAAAUUGCGCUAACAUGUACGAUUACGCAGAUUAUGCGCAUUUGCGCACGGAUGUGUAUUUGUCUGAACGUUGUUGAAAAUCUUACUUGGUUUGCUCUCCUUGCAAGUUGAACGUGAAAGGCUUGGUUUUGUCCUCGAAACCACCACAGCUAUGCACUUUAUAACGCGACUGUUCUGAUGGUCUGUAAUGCUCAACAAUAAAAAAAGUUAUUGGCACACAA